AAAACUAUUCAAUUACUAUAAGUUAGUGACAAAAUAUUUUGAUUAAAACGUAGGUUGUAAUUUAUUUCAAACAAAACAACUUCAUAGAAUUUCAUAUUGUGGACAGUAAGAUAAAUACUGUACGGAGCUAUCUGAACUACAAAGAGAUCUAAUUACAAUAAACUACGCCAAGGUUAAUAUCGUCAUUUCGCAUCACCGCUCCAACUGUUUUCGCCAAAGAUCGGGCUGGAAAAGGAUGCAAUACAAAAAGAGGAGAGAGAGAGAGAGAGAGAGAGCGCUCGUUCACUAGCUCCGGCAUCAAUGGCGGUUAGGGUUUUUCAGUUGUCCCGAAUACGAUAGCCCGGCCCCCUUGAAUUACUAUCUCAACUCGUUCAUUGAAAAAAUCAUCUGUUGCAAUUUUUUUUUUCUAAACCGUAAUUUUUCCAGUUAAAGGUUCGGUGAGUUUAAUUUUAACCUGGGUAGAAUUGAUUAACUUCGUGAAGUGGCGAAAUUCUUUGGUUUUCUCCAUGGGCGCGCAAGAUAAACCUCCGAACGCUGGCUACUCCAGGCAGUUUGUUAAAGUAUAUCGCUUGAUUGAGGACGGGAAAUGGGAUGACCAAGGAACUGGCCUUGUCACUGUCGAUUAUUUGGAGAGAUCAGAAGACCUGGGAUUAUUUGUUGUCGACGAGGGAAACAAUGAAACGUUACUGUUGCAUCGUAUCAGUUCAGAUGAUAUUUAUCAUAAGCAAGAAGAGACAAUUAUUUCAUGGAGGGAUCCUGACUUUUCAACUGAGUUGGCUCUCAGCUUCAAAGAGGCUGCUGGUUGCACUUACAUAUGGGACCGUAUAUGUAGUGUGCAGCGAAAUAUGCGUUUUGGAUCACUUACUGAUGAUACAUGCAAUAAUGUUAACAGUGAGUUGAGGGAGUUGCCUCCAGUUGAGCUGUCUACUCUCCCUUUGAUACUUAAGACUGUUGUUGAGAGUGGCGUUACAGAUCAGUUGCGCGUGACUGAACUUAUAUUACAUGAUCAAGAUUUUUUUCAGAAGCUGAUGGAACUGUUCAGACUGUGUGAAGAUUUGGAAAAUGUUAAUGGUCUUCACAUGAUUUACAAAAUCAUCCGAGGAAUCAUUCUACUAAACAGUCCUCAGAUCUUUGAGAAAAUAUUCGGGGAUGACUUGAUCAUGGAUAUAAUUGGAUGCCUUGAAUAUGAUCCUGAGCUAACUCGCAUCCAUCAUCGCAACUAUGUAAAGGAGCACUUGGUUUAUAAAGAGGUCAUACCUAUUAAAGAUCAUGUAGUCCUUUCAAAGAUACACCAAACUUUUAGAGUUGGUUAUCUGAAGGAUGUCAUUUUGCCCAGAGCAUUGGAUGAGGCCGUAGUUGCCAAUUUAAAUUCCAUUAUUCAAUCAAAUAAUGCAACUGUAGUUUCCUUGCUGAGAGACAAUAACACUUUUAUUAAGGAAUUAUUUGCUAGGCUGAAGCUUCCUGACACUUCCAUAGAGUCAAAGAGAACUUUGGUAUGCUUCUUGCACGAGUUUUGUACCUUAAGUAAGAGCUUGCAGAUGGUGCAUCAGCUCCGGCUAUUUAGGGAUCUUGUCAAUGAAGGAAUUCUGCACAUAAUUGCAGAUAUUUUACUGAGUGAAGACAAGAAGCUUGUUUUGACUGUGACAGAUAUCCUGUUUCUUUUCUUGAAACAGGAUCCAAUUUCUUUUCGUUCAAAUGAGAAUUGGCAAGAUGGUGUUCUUUUUGGACUUCUGGUUAAGAAUAUGCUAACAGAUUUUGGAGAUGAUAUGCACUGCCAAAUUCUAGAAAUUAUUUGCAGUCUUUUGGAUUCAUGUACGCCGGGACCACAGAGAGAGAUUCUUGUGGAAAUCUUCUAUAGGAAGCACUUUGGUGAAUUAAUUGAUGCAAUAGUUUCAUCAUGCCCACCAAAUGGUGACGGUCAGAUUGGCUUGAAGUCUCUGAGCUCGAAUGCAGGAUUCAUGAAUCAAAUUCGUGUGAAGCCUGAAAUAUUGUUAAAUAUAUCUGAUCUUCUGUGUUUUUGUGUUAUGCAUCAUCCACACAGAAUAAAAUGCAAUUUUCUUCUUAACAAUGUGAUUGACAAGGUUUUAUAUCUGACAAGAAGAAGAGAGAAGUAUCUUGUAGUUGCUGCUGUUAGAUUUGUGAGGAUGCUCGUGUCCCGUGGUGAUGAGCAUCUGAUGAAUCAUUUUGUAAAGAACAAUCUUCUUAAACCAAUUGUUGAUGCAUUUGUCGCUAACGGGGACCGAUACAAUCUUCUGAAUUCUGUGGUGCUCGAACUCUUUGAAUAUAUCCGGAAGGAGAAUCUGAAAACAUUACUGAGAUAUCUAGUUGAUACAUUCUGGGAUCAACUGGCCAGAUUCGAGAAUUUAUCUUCUAUUCAAGCUCUGAAAGUUAAAUACGAGCAGUCACUAGAAAGUGCUGGUGCAACAAGCACUAGUACUUUGUUAGACCAAAGGAAACGAAUUGAUGCACGCGCUUUGGAGAAAGAAGAGGAGGACUACUUUAAUGAAGACAGAAUCUGGGUUCUUGUCAGUGAUGAAGAAGAUUCAGCAUUGGCUCAUAAUAAACCCAGCACUAAGAGAGGCCAAAAUCAGCAGCCUGUCUUGACUAAUGGGUCUUCACCAAACGACCCAUCACCUAGGCCUGCUAAACUUGUUGACUAUGUUGACGAUGAGGAUUACACUCCGCCACCUAAAAAAACAGCAGAUAGUUCUGUUGAAGACGAUGAUUUCCCGUUGAAACGCAAAUUGACUUCGAAAGAGGAGCCUGAGCCAAAAAGGCUGAAGCAGCAGCUUCCAAAAGGCGGCUUAAAACCGAGAGAAGGGGUUUUUGCUGCCUUUUGUUCUACCCUAAGUCAGGGGGUGAUACCGAGUAAGAAAGCAGUAACAAUUGCAUUCAACAUUAAUCAGUCGGAUCCAAACAAGAAAGUUACUCCCAACAUCGAAAAUACAGAAAACGAAAAAUGCACAGACAAAGAAGAAGCUUCCCCUCCCACAAUGAGCUGCUCGAAUGAAUCGGGUGGUGAUAGUAGGCAGGAGGGGGAUGGGUGUCCAUUAUUGCCCCCCAAUUCGUCACCGGAAAUGGUUUUGAAUGGACCUUGAUCAGUUUACCUGAAAUUUCAUUAUUGCCACUACAUAACGGGUUGUGAGAACAGGUGAAAACCCUGGGGAGAAGAUACUGUACAGUAGUUUAACCAGGAUGCGGAGGAAAUUGCACGGACGCUUGCUUUUUUUAGGUAUCUAGUGUUUUCAGCAGAGUAGUAAGUAUUUUUUUGAUGCAAGACUUUUGACUAAGUUACGGAUAUAGCUUACGGUUCUCUAAUUCUCCUCUCAUGCUUGAUUUAUUUAUGCUUUAUUUAUAUUGUCUAUAUAGUUAGUUACCAUUAUGAAUUAUGUUCGACAUAGCAAGCAAUUCUGAGUUGAUGAGGCUGGGAAAUUAGUUUUAAUUCUUGAUCGAGGGCAGAUUAUGUGUUCUACUACUGCCAAAGUAUUUGAGAAUGGAUGGGAAAAUGUACAUUAUUCUGGAGGAGGAAACACGUUUGACAUUUCACUUCUUACUUGUGAAAAAGAGAUCCGAUUGUCUUUCUUUAUAGCCCGUAACUCCCUUUUUGUCUAGUUUCAUAAACUACAUAGUCCUCAAUACUAUACUUUGGACACUACACUGAA